UCAGGCGAAUUUUUCUAUCGCAAAGAAGAUAAAUUUUUAUCUCUUUGAAGCUUCUCCGCCUACAAAGUUCUGUCUUCCAACCGGAAAUUCAUUUAGAAAUGAUCUUUUGUGAAUAGCAGUGCUCAAAUAAUGGUUUCCGACGUGUGUUUAAAAAAUUAUGUAUUAUUAUUGUUCUCGGGAAUUACAAUUGUCUUCAUUUAUUUAAAACAACAGAAUGACAGUAACAAUCUUUCGUUUGAUUUGGAGGUGACAAAUAUUGAAAAUUCAAGACAAAAUGCAAUGCAAUAUUCACUAAAAUUAAAUGAAUUUAAAAGUUUAGAUUCGAGAAAUCUGAUAAAUAUUAAUUUUCAGAAAAUUUGUGCAAAGUACAAUGUAACUAGUUUUCUGGAAAGAAAACAUUUUUUGUUCAGUACCAAAAAUGAUGUACUUUAUUGUUGGAUACGAAAAAUAGCUUCAACAAGUUUCACGAAAAUUUUCUCUUCCAUCGAAAAUAAAUGCGUUACGAACGAAUUUUACAGAGAAGUGGAAUUUUUGUCUCCUACGACAGAAUUAUUGAAUUCUGUAAAUCAAAAUAAUAAUACAUUCAAAUUUUUAAUUGUACGACAUCCUUUUGAAAGAUUGGUUUCUUCUUACAGAGAUCGUAUAGAAGACAACACAAAAUUUACCGCCCAAGCGUGGAUAUAUGUUUCGAAAAUAUUUUACUUAACAAGACCAAAAUUAUUCCACUCCAACUCAACAACAGGUGGUACUUUGGAAAAAAUUUUCUUCAACGAUAGAAGUAACUUUAAUUUUAGAUUAAAACUGGUGCCAACUUUUCAAGAAUUCGUAACUUAUUUAAUACAAGAAUCAUCAGAUAAUUACGAUCAUCACUGGAACCAAUACUACAAACAUUGUUCUCUAUGUGAAAUAAAUUAUAAUUUCAUUUUAAAAUUAGACAAUAAUUCACCAAAGGAAAUUGAAUACAUAUCAUCAAAAUUAAAUUUACCAAAAGAAACUUUAAUAAAUCAUCAAGCGACCACUGAUUUCCACAGAACAUGUAAAUAUUUCAAAAAAUUAUCCUGCGAAACAAUUUUGCAAUUAUACGAAAAAUAUAAAAUUGACUUUGAAAUGUUCGACUACAAAGUGGAAAAUUAUUUACAGUGUUGCAAUAAAAAGAGGAAAAUACACAAAAACAUUGUUUUGUAAAAAAUGAAACGAUUUAUUCAUUGUUCAUUUUAUAAUUAUAAUUAGAAAAUUUGUUUGUAAAUAUUUUUGUAUAGGAAAACGCGCAAUGUGAUAAAUAUUACUGAACUUGUAAUUAAUCAUUCAAAUAAUAAAGUUUUACACUAUUUUUAUCGUUUUAUCUAGUAAAAGAGGACAACAUUAGAGACGGACAAAUAUGAAAAAAAAGAAUACUUUCUUUAUGUCUAUCGAACAAAAACUAUCAAACAAAAUUUGUUUUUUAAUAUUCAUUUGAAUGACUCAGGAAGAAAAAAAAACUGUAGUUUGCCUAGAACAGGAGCAAUUAAUUAUUCUAAUUUGAAAUGUAAUUUACUGAAACGAUUAGUUAACGUGUAAUUAAAUUAAUCAUUUCUAAUAUUCACAUCGCUG